AUGGACGACAAACCAACUCCGUCUUCCCUUGGUGAUAUCGACGCUACAGUGCCUACAUCUAUUCCAGAAACCAUAGCACCUCUGAGUGUACGCUCCGACACAGAUUCUGUCACGCAUUCUCAUACUGCUAUUCAUCAUGUCCAUUCUGGAGCACUUCUUCAACCUCAUCUAAUAUCGGAUGCUUCGGCAUUCAUGCAAACCAUUCAACCCAGCGCCUUAACAGUCGAAAGCGCUGCCGAGGAAGCUCCUCCGGGAUCAGUCCACCUUGGACCUUCCGAAUUCGCUGUAACGCUCCCCAUGGACUCGCGAGUUAAAGAUGAUUAUGACCGCGUCUUGACCGACUCAGCUGCAAUCACAAGGGAGUUCCUCGCAAGUCUUACUCCUGCUGGUCAGGUCUCCGAUUCUCAGCGAGAGUAUCUUUUAUCAAAAGUACAUGAAGUCAUUGCGAAACUGAACAAUGUAUCUACACAUCCAGAUUUGAACAUUGCUCAUCAUGUAUCAUAUGAGGACUCGAAGCUCGCUCGGGAAGCCGAAUGGGCCGAGUACUCGAGUGCCAAAUUCCGGUUCCUAGGAUGGUUAAUACGAGUUGGCAGUGAGCGUGAUCUUCAUAUCAUCCUGGCCGUACAGGGCGAGGGUAAACGUCAGAUCAUUGAACGUUACUUGCUUGGAAAGGGGUUCGCCCAUACCAAGCCACGAGAACAGCUUGGGGGUAGCUUGGAAGUCUCACUGCAAAAGGACUCCCUGAGCUUUGCUAUCCAUUCUGAUGAUGGGGUACGAGAGAUGUUCAAACCGCCAUCUGCCAUUUUUGUUUUUGACACGGCAUACAAACUUGACAGCCCUGCCGUGCAACAUCUCCGAACAACUUACACCAGAAAUGGUAGUCUUCUGCCCGCGAUCUGGUUCCUUGUUUCCAACACAUGUGAACAUAUUGAGCGCUGUCUUCCUCAGUUACCUGAGCCUGAGCGACUGCGACUUCUCAUGCAGUACACUGAUUAUUUCCACGAUGAAGUCGGCGAUCUUCAGGAUGAUGCCCUCAAUGUGUGUGAGGAUGCCGAGGAGAUACUCAGUUAUCUUUCGGAUGGCUUUACCAGCUGGCCGCUGCCAGUAGUGGAGCCUUUGCACUUUGUUUCCGUUGACGAAUUAGAGUCAGCGACUCCGUCCUCUGAUGAGCUAGUACCAGGCACUCAGAAACGUUCACUGGAUGAAGAACAUGAAGCCGAGGACUACACAUCAAAACGCGCGAGGGUUGAUACUCAGGACACCAGCCAAAUGACUGAAUCAACCAAGCCACCCAGCCAGACUUUGGAUCAUGAUCUACAAUCUUUGGAGAGAAGUCUUAUCCAGAUGAAGACCGCCCACAACAUAGAAAAGGAACAACUCCAGAAAGAACUGUCGCAGAUGCGAGCUCGUUUGCGGGAAUUUGAGACCGGUUUGGGCCUCUUGCAACAUCGCUACGAAGGUCGAACCAAGGAAUUACACAUGACUCGCCAAGAUCGCGAUCGCCUUACCGAAGGCAAGGUGUCCAUGGAGCAACGGGUCGAGAAACAGAGAGAGGACAUCUCCAAACUGAAGGAGGAGCGCUCGCGGCUAAAGGCCGAGCUUGAGGGAGCACGACAGGAACUCAAGAACGGCGGUGGCUCUCUAGCGGAUUUAGAGACGGCCCGUGAAGAGAUUCGCCGUCUAACCAGCGAGAAAGCAAGUCUCGAGCGCAAAGCAGAGUACGAGAAGAAUCAAGCGGAGUACACUCGCGAGCAAUAUCAAACCGCUUCCACGGUUGCAGCGCAAGCUGGAAAUGAACUUCGCCAAGUUCGCGACGAAAAUGAGGCCCUGACUCGCAAGAUCCAGGGCAACGCUGUUCAACUGCGUGAGAUGAACAUUAAGAACGAUGCGGCACGUCAUCUUGCUCGAAUCACCGAGCUAGAGUUGAUUCUAGCCUCUCGGGAUGAUCUGCUUCGAAAGAAAGAAGACGAACUGCGGGAAAUCCGUAAGAACCGCCCGUCCACUCGUUCUACAAGCACACAGCCCCGGAGUCCUAAGUGGGCCGCCAGCAGCCGUCCAACAAGCCCUGGCCUCGGCCAUAACGGCAAUGGCAAUGGCCUUGCUGGUCGGGCAAGCGCACUGCGGUUCAGUUCCGAGAUGCCCUUCUAA